GGCCGAGAUUAUAAUUAGUUGGAGCUUAGAAAUCAGUCAUGACGAGAUAUUUCCUUGGUCUCCUGAUAACACAAGCCGGCUCAUAUAACUUCUGUUACCAUGGCAGUUCGGCCCGUUUAAGUUGAGCCUCAAAGCUUACCUAUUUCCCGGGAUGCUUACUUCAUGACUCACUUCCUAUAUAUCACUCACCAAACUCCACCCAUCAACAUAAAUCAUCUACCCUCCCCACCACCUUCAUCAAACCCUAUCAUCAUAACCACCAAACAUGUCCACCCCACCUCCCCCCUCCUCCCCCCAAACCCACACCGGCACCUGCCACUGCGGCCACAUCCGCUUCAGCAUCACCUCCCCCCUCCCCGACGUCGUCAGCUGCGACUGCAGCAUCUGCAUCCGGCGGGGCGCCCUAAUCCAACGCAUCCCCGACGCCGAUUUCCACCCCAUCACUCCCACCGCUGCGAGUCUCGAGGACGGGACGCAUGGACUGAUCGAGUAUCGUUUUAAUACGAUGGUGGCGAGGGAUUAUAUUUGUCCCGUGUGUGGGAUUUUGGGGUACCGGAGACCGAGGUUGGGGACGGGGGUUUGGGCGAUUAAUGUUAGGUGUCUUGAGGGGGUGGAGGUGGAGAAGUUGGAGGUGAGGAGGGUGUUUGGGAGUCAGUUGUCUACUGUUGGUGUUGAGGGGGGGGUGACGGGGGAGGGGAAGGAGGAGGCAGCGAAGAGUUGAUUUGAGAUCUGUGAUGGAAGGAUGGAUGGUGCGGUGAUUUUUUGCUGUUUGUCUGAAUUGUGCAUCGGCUGAGUUCAUGACGUGACGUGCGUGGUUGUGGGAAAUCUAGGGGAGGAAUAGCUUCAGGGGUCUCCUAAUCCGCAAGUUUACUCUCAUAUUUCAAACUCAGCACCCAGGGCUGCGCUGGGCUAUAUAUAACCCUACCCAUAACCCAAAUAUAAAUUUACAGAGCCAUUUAGCCAAAUCCACGAGCCAAUAUAACGGCAAGGGACACAUCAGAACGAGAGGACUGGUGUGCAUCGGGAUGAUAUGAGGAGAAUGAUUAGCCGUGGCACGUAUGGAUGAUUGGAUCCUUGUGUUCAUGUUGGUGGUGGCAAAUUAAUGACAGAAAGCUAACGGGGUGAGAAGAGAGCGGCAGUGACAGUAAGGGAGCGGCGGUGGGUAGAAGAGUAGCGGCAACAAGGAGAGAGCGGCGUUGACAGGAAGCUCAUACAAAACCCUUCGUGCAAAAUGUAGUUUCUGGAACGGAGAAAUGUGAAUGAGAAGCGAUCGUGUGAUAAUGUGAUGUGUAGAUGAAAGUAGGAAGAAACGAAAUUACAAACCCAGUAAUAAUCAUAUAACAAAUUAGCAAGGCUUAAUAAACCGAGUCCUUGAUCCCAUGCUUCGAUAAUCAUACAAUUGGAUGCUUUAAUAUACAGAACUAUAAUACACUUAUCCUCACAUCUGAUACAUA